GCCAAUAAUUUCAAUAAAUCAAUAAAUUAUUGCAAAAAAAAUGAACAAUUCAAGCAAUGCAGAUUCACAAGAAGGAAGUACGAGUGCUCAAAAGCAAAAAACCGCGAAUCCGUCUGAAAGUCGUCCUUUUGUGCUCAAAAAAUGGAAUGCGUUAGCUGUUUGGGCCUGGGAUGUUGAAUGUGACACAUGUGCAAUCUGCAGAGUACAUUUAAUGGAAGAGUGUCUUCGUUGUCAAUCUGAACCAAGUGCUGAAUGCUACGUAGUGUGGGGAGACUGUAAUCAUUCAUUCCAUCAUUGUUGCAUGACUCAGUGGAUUCGACAGAACAACAGAUGCCCACUGUGUCAAAAGGAUUGGGUCGUCAGCCGCACGAGCAAAUAAUGUAUCAAUUAUCUACUUUUACACGUUCUUUCCCAAUUUACAUGUAAUUUUUCGACUCUUUUUCAAAAGAACUUUUGUCUGUAAAUUGUCUCUUCACCCACUUCUUCCCUCUCCAUUUUUCACCCCGUUCUCCACUUUGUUCCCAUUCACAAAAAUAAUGACUGUAAAUAAAAAUUCACACACACACAG